GACAUACAGAAGAAUACUCCUAUUGAUUGGUAUCUUGAACACUCCAAAGUAGUGCCAUGGCUUCCAAACCCAAUCCACUUCACUUUGUCUUGUUUCCUUUCAUGGCUCAGGGACACAUAACCCCCAUGAUAGACAUUGCAAGACUCUUCGCAGAGCGUGGAGUCUUGAUCACCAUAGUCACGACGCCAGUAAAUGCGGCCCGGAUCAAACCGAUUCUUGAUCGUGCCAUUGAAUCUGGACUCCCAAUCAAGCUGGUAGAAGUUCAGUUUCCAUGUUCAGAAGCAGGAUUACCAGAUGGAUGCGAAAGCAUUGACAUGCUGCCUUCACCAGGCUUAGGCCUAAGAUUCUUCGAAGCAACAGACAUGCUGCUAGAGCCAGUAGAGAAAAAGUUGGAAGGGAUAGCACCAAAGCCAAGCUGCAUCAUAUCUGACAUAUGCUUGCCAUACACAAGCCACAUUGCAAAGAAGUAUCGCGUGCCAAGAAUUUCAUUUAAUGGAUAUUGUUGUUUUUCUAUGUUGUGCUGGCAUAACUUGCAGGUUUUUAAGGUUCUGAAGAACAUUACGUCUGAAGAUGAAUACUUCAUUGUCCCAGGUUUAUCAGAUCGCAUUGAAAUGACUAAAGCACAACUACCUUGGUACAACCUUACUUCAACAGACAAGUUCAUAAACCAAGUAGUCUCGGCAGAGGGGUCCUCAUAUGGUUUUAUCAUUAAUACAUUUGAAAAUCUGGAGCCAGAAUAUGUGAAAGAUUACAAAAGAGCUAAAGAAAAUAAAGUGUGGUGUGUUGGUCCUGUUUCGCUGUGCAACAAAGACAAGUUUGAUAAGGUUCAUAGGGGUAACAAGACCUCAAUUGAAGAAUAUGAAUGCACAAAGUGGCUUGAAUCAUGGCAACCCGGUUCGAUACUCUAUGUCUGUCUUGGAACUCUUUGUAAUUUGAUACCAUCACAAUUGAUAGAGCUUGCAUUGGGUCUAGAAGAAUCUGACAAGCCAUUCAUUUGGGCAAUAAGGGGAGGAGACAAAACAAAAGAAUUUGAGAAUUGGAUUUCAGAGAAUGGAUAUGAAGAAAGGAUCAAAGGAAGAGGCCUUCUGAUUCGAGGUUGGGCUCCACAAAUACUAAUCCUAUCACACCCUGCAAUUGGAGGGUUCUUAACACAUUGUGGUUGGAAUUCAACACUUGAAGCAAUAUGUGCCGGUGUGCCAAUGAUCACAUUGCCUCUUUUAGGAGAUCAAUUUCUUAAUGAGAAGUUAGUUGUGCAAGUUUUAAGAAUCGGUGUGAGGGUUGGGGUGGAUGCUCCUUUACUAUGGGGAGAGGAAGAGACUUCAGGGUGGUUGGUGAAGAAGGAAGAUGUAAAGAAUGCCAUAGACAAGCUGAUGGGUCAAGGAGAAGAAAAGGAACGGAUAGGACAAAGAGCAAAAGCGCUUGGGCAGAUGUCAAAGAGAGCAUUAGAGAAAGGUGGAUCUUCUCAUAUUGACAUUACAUCGUUAAUAGAAGAAAUCAAGCAACAAACUUGCCAUGAAGAACCAAUCUAGUGCCUUAGUCAUCAUCGUCACUCAUCAUCAUCAAAGCCUGAAUCCCAAACAAUCUAGUGCCUCACAAGCCGGAGGAAAUUAGUCUGUUUAUUGCAAACUGCUAAAUUGUAAUGCAUAAGUCCAUUUGUCCUAAAUCCUACAAAUUGCUUGUUUGACUAUCUUCCUCUUGAUAUUUCUUCCCUAAUCUUCCCCCCUCUCUCUAUCUCCAUAAUCCAUAACAGAAGCAGAAAAAAAUUCUAGUAGUACUCAGAUAAGCAAUUUCAAGAGUGUUCCUUAUACUAUCAAAGAAAACUCAAAG